GGGGAAGAUGGCGGCGCCCAGGAGUUCCUCGCCUCCUGAGGAUGACUCUGACAGCAGCUGUAGUGAUGAGGAGAGGCUCAGGCUGAAGGAGGCGGCAUGGGUGCCCCCGGGUGUAAAGAAUUGUAUUCAGCGUCAGCAGGAUUCUGUUGCACAUGUUAUGCCAAGUCUAAGGGUUCGCCCUGACAACCAUGAGCAUGAUGGAAAUGAACUGCAAACUACACCUGAAUUUCGCACACAUGUAGCCAAGAAGCUUGCUGCCAUACUGGACAGCUGCAUUAAAGAAGUUCCAGGAAGCGGCAAUCUGCAAGAGCAUAAAGAAGAAACUGAACCAGAAGAUGAAGGUUUUCGGUUAUUAAGCACAUCCAUUCCUGGGGAUCCUGGCACUGUGGCAGCUUCUGCCCUUCCAAAGCGCAGGGCAGCAUAUUCUACCAGUGAGGACAGCGAAGAGGAAAAUGAGCGUCGAUGCCGUGAAGCAGCUGUGUCAGGGUUAGACAUUCUAAAACACAGUGCUCUAUGUCCAGUUGCAGUGCAGAGUUCAGACACACCCAGUAAUGAUCAACUUACAAAGAAAAACAAAAAGAAGAAGAAAAAGGACAAGGGGAUGAACAAAGGGACUGAUAAUGACCAUCGAGGUUCAAGGCAAGAACAUGAAUCGAGAAAAGACAGCAAGCUGGUCAAUGAAAGUCAAUCAAACCCAAAGGAUUUAAGGCAGGAGCAUGAAACCAAUGGCUUUAAAAUGAAGAAAAAGAAGAAAAGGAAGAAUAAACAGUUUGUAAAUGAGACUAACUCAGACCAUUAG